UAAUUCAGCAAUUGAUUGCGAUGUGGAUUGCCAUGCAUAUUUACAAUUUCAAACUGAUCACAUGCUCAAGCACUUGGUGGAAUAUGAAAAUAAGAUUGAGCAACUGCAGCUCAAAAUUAAGAAUCAAGAAACAAAAGAGCAAAAGCUGCAGGCUAAAAUUCGUGAGAUGGCGACAACUAUAGCGACACUAGAAGCUAAGCUAGCCAAGGAUGAGUCCAUUGCUGAUCCAACUGAACCGACUAGCUGUCUACCCUUUGGUAAUUCUAGUGAUAUUCACACAAUACGUUUACCAGGCACGGAAGCCUUCCAGGUGCCCUGUGAUUCAAGAUUCGCUGGCAACGGUUGGAUCGUUAUUCAUCGCAGGAUCGAUGGCAGUGUAAGCUUUAAUAGAACAUGGGAUGAGUACAGACAAGGCUUUGGCGAUUUAAGAGGCGAGCUGUGGCUUGGCUUAGAAAAACUGCAUCUAAUAACCAAAUUUCAGCCACAUGAGCUUUAUGUACAACUGGAGGAUUUUAAUAAUGAAAUACGCUAUGCGCGCUAUAGCAAUUUUUCAGUUGGAAGUGAGUCGCAAUUAUACGAAUUAUUAUCUUUGGGUGACUUUACUGGAACUGAUGGACCCGCACUCAGUGAAAUACCCAACAGAAAUACCGCCCAUUUAAAUAUGAAGUUCAGUACACCAGAUCGUGAUAAUGAUAUUAGUAAUGGGAAUUGCGCAAGAGAUUACUCAGCUGGUUGGUGGUAUCAUAACUGUUACUCUUGCAAUCUAAAUGGAGGUGUAUCCAAAAACUAACGAAAAACAGUACUUUACAAUACUCUGGGGAACUUGGCAUCUGAUGCAGCUAAAAUUUGUUCAAAUGAU